UCUCUUCAUCGGCCAACGGAAAAACACCGGCCGCGAUGGACUCACACAUGGACAUGGCGUCCGGGGGGCCGUCAUCAUCCAGCCUGGCAGAUCUGCUGCAGCAGUCGAGGAAGCUGACGACGCACCUCUCUGGCUCACGUUCCGACCUGCCCUCGAUUCAGCUCGGGCUCGAUCAGAUCGAAUCGCAGUCCAGGAAGCUUGCUCUCGCGCGAUCGCAAGCUGCCUCGGCCGCGGCAGCUGGCAACGACGCAAAGGCGCAUUAUUUUCUCGCCAACGCAGGUAUCGACGCCGGCAACUUGGCCGAGACCAUCAAUCAAGCAAACAUCGCAGAGGCCUUUGAGCCCCUGCAGCCAAUCUACGACACCGAUGUUGAUUCAUACCUCCGACACACUCGCGAGCAGGUCAUCCUGGCUGUCAUUGAAGAAGGACGCAGAGAAACGCUCAACGACUUUCGUCGGAAUCUACGUCGUUCAGAAGCUCGAGACUGGGAAAGGCAAAAGCUUCGCGUCUUUGAGGAGCUCGGCCAGCACUCGUCUUCCUCUCGGCGAGGCGGUGGCGACGAGUCUCUCCUGCGCUCUUCGCGAGGAUACACGCCCAGCCGCGCUGACUAUGCAUCAAGCGUGAAUGUCCCAGGACCCAACACAGCCUUGCACUCGCGGCUGUCCCGAUACCAUGCCGUCGUUGAGCGCCUCAACAGCUAUCGACUGGACUCGACACCAUUUGCCCUCGCCAAUGCGUUCGCCGAUAGCGUGAAGACAGGCGCCGUAACACCAGAGGCAGCCAACGGCAGCGGGCCGGGCGCAGCCUCGGAUCUUCUCGAGGCGUGGGUCGCCCUGGGGCACGUCGUCGGCGAGUCAGACGUUGACAAUGGCGAGUUCAAGGGUCGUGCCAUCCGCGAAAGGCAGUAUGCGAGCGCCUAUCUGGGUGCUGGCGACGGCUCUGUCGCCUGGCUUGGGGCCGAGGGCAAAGACCUGCGCAAGGGCAUCGUCGCAGGCUCUCUCAAAUUCCUUCAGCGUCACUUCUCGAACCAUAUCGAUGCAAAGAUUGCCACCAACCCGGUCAAGGCUCAGCUGGGCGGUGCGCCGUCAGUUCUCGAUCGCAUCGUCGCCUUCCAGAGGGUCAGCUUCACCGACCGCGAAGGAAGGUGGCCUCAAGACCUCGAGCAGAUCAGGACAUCCAGCGGUCUCGUGCCCGCGUGGAGCACUAUCUUCUAUCUUCUCCUCACUGGCAACACCCAGGCUGCUCUGAGCUUUGUCAUUGACAAUGACGAAGCUCUCCGAAAGCUUGAUGGCGGCUCUGGCAGCGGUGGUUUCGCCUCCUAUUUCAAGGCAUGGCUUGAUAGCUCCGACAGGAGAUUGCCAAAGAUGCUUCGUGACCGCUUUCUGGCAGAGUACAACGCUCGCUUCAGAGGAACAUCGAUGCUGGCUUCCUCCUUCUCGGGCGCAGACGGAGGCGCUCUAGACGGCUUCAAGCAAGCGUUGUACAAGCUCAUCGGCCGGAUCGAUGUUAACAAGAACUUCCCAGCCGCCGUGACAAAGGACACCGAGACGUGGCUGUGGUGCCAGCUGUCCAUGAUCCGCGAAGGCACUGAGGAACAAGGUCCCGGAAGCGAGCUUGGCGGAGGUGCCGACUCGCUGCGAGAUCGCUUUACGCUUCAUGAUCUCGGCACGAAGGUGGCCAAGUACGGCGAAGCCCACUUUGACCCGAAGGGGCUUCGUCCGCUGCAUUACUUCCUCAUGCUCAUUCUCGUCGGUCAAUUUGAGCGUGCCGUCGGCUUCCUCUACUCGAGAGGCCAACAUCAGGUCGAUGCCGUCAACUUUGCCGUCGCCUUGACGUACUACAGCCUAUUGCGAGUCCCACCUCUGUCAAAGACAUCCCACGUCGACUACCUCACAUCCAUGCUGGACCCAACGACGGGCGCCGAGCUGAUGAUGAUCGACUUCAGCAAGCUUAUCCAGCGAUACAUUCGGCUCUUCUCGAGGGCCGACGCAAAGAGGGCGUUGCAGUAUGUCUAUCUCAUCUGCCUCAAUGCCGAUUGCGCACCUCCCGUCGGCGAGGAGCAGACGAGGAAAUGCCAUGAGCUCGUCAGGGCUCUCGUCAUUGAGAGUCGGCAGUACUUUGAGCUGCUCGGUGAUGUGCGGAACGAUGGCGUCAAGACGCCUGGUCUGAUCGAAAAGAGUCUGGGCAUCAUCAAGCUCUCCGACUCGCGCGAGUUCCUCACAAACAUCGUCGGCGCUGCCGCGAGCCAGUCAGAGGCCGAGAGCCGAACGAGGGAUGCCAUUCUGCUCUACAACAUCGCCGAAGACUACGAUCGUGUGAUUGACGUCGUCAAUCGCGAGCUCGGCGCCUGCCUCGUCGAGCCGAGCACCCCGUCCUCCUCGGCGAACGCUGGUACCGCCGCUGCCGAUGCGAACGCGUCGUCUCUCACCUCGGUCAUCGACACGGUGCAGCUCGCGCGAAGCAUAUUGGAGUCGUAUGAGCGGCAGAACCAUAUCCUUCGGUCCAUCUCGCCGAAGAAGCUUCAGACCUGCAAGGUGCUGCUCAAGCUCAAGGAAUGCUUUGCUCUGGCUGAACAGGGCGAGCUCGAAAAGGCCCUCAAUUCUAUUGAAUCGCUCGAUCUGAUCCCACUCCGGGGCGACGUCGUGUCCAUCACGCGCAAGGCCGAGUCGUUCAAGGACGUCGACGAGUCAAUUUCGCGUAACUUUUCAGACGUCCUGCUCCUCACGAUGAACCUCCUCUCGAAGCUGCAUGCCCUCGUCAAGGAGUCGCCCUUUGGCGAGUCGGGUAAGCAGGCCAGGCUCGUCGAGAUCCGUAACAAGGCGAGGGCGCUCAUGCUCUUUGCGGGCAUGCUGAGGCUGAGGAUCGAGCAGAGCACCUUUAGCCAAUUGACGAGGCUGGAUGUCUACCUGCACUAAUGUAAUGUUUAGAGAAGUAGAAAGCGGAAUGUGAGAGCUUCAUUCAGAU